CUUCGAUACAUCUCCCCCGUGCCUCACACCUCUCCCUCAUCCCUCUGUCUCUCUGCCUUCCCCUCAGGGAACACACAACCUCUACGGACACUAUCCCUUCUUCCUCUGUCUGGAAGACGAGAGCGGAAAGUCAUUCGGGGUCUUUCUCAUGAACAGCAAUGCUAUGGAGGUGACUUUGCAACCAGCUCCUGCUGUGACCUUCAGGACGAUCGGUGGAGUCCUUGACUUCUACAUCCUCUUUGGAGACACGCCAGAACAAGUGGUGCAGGAGUUUCUCGAGCUCAUUGGCAGGCCGGUCAUUCCUCCCUACUGGUCCCUGGGUUUCCAGCUUUCUCGCUGGAACUACGGCAGCCUGAAAGAGGUCAAAGAUACAGUGGAGAGGAAUCGUGCUGCGGGCAUCCCAUAUGACGUUCAGUACACUGACAUCGACUACAUGGAGGAUAAGAAAGAUUUCACUUACGACAAAGUUAAUUUCAAUGAGCUGCCUCAGUUCGCCGACUACCUUCAUGAGAAGGGACAGAAAUACAUCCUCAUCCUGGACCCCGCAGUAGCUACCAGUAAGAGGGUAGGGGGUGCUCCGUAUGAGGCGUUUGACCGCGGGACUGCGCAGAAGGCCUGGAUCACGGAUUCAGACGGAGAAACUCCACUGUUAGGAGAGUCAUUAUUUUUGCUGCGUUACUUGGGAAAAACCAACGUCGAACGAAAACAAACCGACCGAGACGACGUGGUGCUGAGUGGUCGAACGGUGGAUGUUUCUCCCGUCUGA